CAGACAUCACUUCCUCAGGGUCACCGAGCUAGAAACUCUGGGGCGCGAGGGGUGCGGCUGAGCCGCGCUCGGGGAGGCGCGGGCCUUGGCGGGGACGCGCCCCCGCGCACUGUCGCCAUGGAGCUGCGGCCUCACCUCGGGGCCACCUGUGCGCUGGGCUUGGGUCUCCUGCUGCUCGUCACCUCUUCUGAUGGACACAUCGGGCUCGGAAAGGGUUUUGGAGAUCACAUUCAUUGGAGGACACUAGAAGAUGGGAAGAAGGAAGCAGCUGCCAGUGGCUUACCUCUGAUGGUGAUUAUCCAUAAGUCCUGGUGUGGAGCUUGCAAAGCUUUAAAGCCCAAAUUUGCAGAAUCUACAGAAAUUUCAGAACUUUCCCAUAAUUUUGUUAUGGUGAAUCUUGAGGAUGAAGAGGAGCCAAAGGAUGAAGAUUUCAGCCCUGAUGGGGGUUACAUUCCACGAAUCCUUUUUUUGGAUCCCAGUGGCAAGGUGCAUCCUGAAAUCAUCAAUGAGAAUGGAAACCCCAGCUACAAGUAUUUCUAUGUCAGUGCUGAGCAAGUUGUUCAGGGGAUGAAGGAAGCUCAGGAGAGGCUGACGGGGGAUGCCUUCAGAGAGAAACAUCUUGAAGAUGAGUUGUAACAUGAAUAUGUCCCUUCUUUCAUCAAAGUUAGUGUUCUGGAAGGAAAGCAGCAGGGAAGGGAAUAUUGAGGAAUUGCUCAGGACAAUUCAACCGACCAGGAAGCCUUGCUCCGGUCUACGUGGGAAGGAGCGCUGUCACUGUGGAAGACUUCUGCUGACAGGAGCUGGUCUCCACGUCUGUGGAUCCAGCACAGCACGGCACACUUCCUUCUGCCCCCUCCUAGAUGUCUGUUCGUCAUGGAAUGUAAAGAAUGACAGCUUUUGACACAAAACUUGAGCCAUUUGGAGAUUUACUCCUCAUACGUCAAUAUUUGAAUCUUUUUCCGUUUCCUCCCGCUUUAUUCACCUUGAUGGUGAAAGGAGACCGGUAGCAUCUUUUCUACAGUAUUAAAAUUGCAGAAGUAGUUUCUCAUUUAAAACAACAAACUCAAAUAUAAAUCAGUAAUUCUAUGCCCGCCAGAGACCAGCCUGUUUCUUCUCCUUUUCUCCUGGGAAUAAUCUUGGGCUUCUUCCUGAAUCCUGGCAACUUCCAUCCUCUUCUACUGCUUGGGCUUCCCUGUUUGCACGCAUGUGUGUGCAGGAAUGGCUGUGUGCUCGGACUCAGUCCCAGCUGGAAGCAUGCUCUGCCCCGUUACUGUUCCGGAAACAGAAACCUUCAAGCCCUAGGUGGAGCCAUUUUUGUCAAGUCAUCAACUGUAUUUUUGUACUGAGGUUAACAAAAAAAAUUAAAAAUAUUAAUUGUUCCAUUAAACUUUAAUAAAACUUUGAAAGGAAA